AUGUGGUUCAAAGAAAAUGCUGACGAGUUCGAGUUCAUUUAUGAGGCAACUGAGCAGGAAAAAAAAGGUGAAAAUCAAUGUCAAAGAGAUGGAAUGGUGGAAAUGGUGAAAAUUGGAAACAAAUGGAGGGAUAACAAAUGGGUUCAUGAUUUAGAGAGCACCUUCAGUGUAAAUAUUUUUAAUGGACCGUCUGUUUUUAGACGUGAAAACUAUACACUGAAGGUGCUCCACCACAGUGAAAAAAAGAAGAACAAAAACAAAAAAACGAAGCAAAAAUUGUACUUCUUAUCAAUUAUUCAAGGAUCCAUUGAAUCAGAUAAUCAACAACAACCAGCUCAAAGGACCGAACAAUCCUCCAUUGAUGCAAGUUCCCCUUUGUACAUGCAUCCAUUGGAGAGUGCAGGUGCGAUGCUAGUUCCAGUCCAAUUCAAUGGGAUUGGCUACAGAUCUUGGAGAAGAGGCGUAUUAAGAGCCCUAUCUGUGAAAAACAAACUAGGUUUUAUCAAUGGUGAAUGUAAGAAACCAGAAUUCGCGUCUCCUCAACAUCGACAAUGGGAGAGAUGCGAUGAUAUUGUCACCUCAUGGAUUCUAAAUUCACUUUCGAAAGAAAUUGCGGAUAGUGUUGAAUAUGUGAAUGAUUCUACUGAACUGUGGAAGGAAUUGGAUGAUCGGUAUGAUUAG